UUUGAAACGAUUCCUUUAAACAUAGAAAUUUCUUUUCAUAUUAUCAUCUGUUUAGAAUUUUCUCUAUUUUUAUCCGGGCACCUGCAACAAACUAUGCGCAUGCGCCACCUAGAAUUGCUGUAAUGUUUGUCGUCAAUAUCAUAUACAAAAAAAAUCUAAUUAAUCCUAAUUAAUUGAAAUCAAAGAAGCCAUUGUAAUGAAGAAUCCUUCACAAUAAUAGUUCAUAUAAUCUAGAUAACUGCUUCUUUUCCGAAUUUUCAUGGUGUUGUACCAGGAAAAGAAAGCGGAAGCUGACGAUCUUGCUUUGUUGUUGAACUGCAUAUCCAAUUCCAAGAUGGCGAACACUGCCCACCCUGGAUAUUGAGAGUGAAUGCUAUUCUAAUUCAUUCUCUGCUUUACCAUCACUUAAAUUAAAAGAAAAUAAUUGUUUUUAAACAGUAAAUAUGGAAUUACGUGUAGGGAAUAAGUACCGUCUUGGUCGCAAGAUCGGAAGUGGAUCCUUUGGCGAUAUUUAUUUGGGUACUAACAUCACAACAGCAGAAGAAGUGGCAAUUAAGUUAGAAUGUGUCAAAACAAAGCAUCCACAACUUCACAUAGAGAGUAAAUUUUAUAAGAUGAUGCAAGGUGGUGUUGGUAUACCUGCUAUAAAAUGGUGUGGUUCUGAGGGAGAUUAUAAUGUUAUGGUCAUGGAGCUUCUGGGACCAAGUUUGGAGGAUUUAUUCAAUUUUUGUAAUAGGAAGUUUAGCUCUAAGACAGUAUUACUUUUAGCUGAUCAACUUAUCAGUAGAAUAGAGUACAUUCAUAGUAAGAACUUUAUUCAUAGAGACAUAAAACCAGACAAUUUUCUUAUGGGACUUGGGAAGAAAGGUAAUUUAGUGUAUAUAAUAGACUUUGGACUUGCAAAAAAGUACCGUGAUUCCAGAACACACCUGCAUAUCCCUUAUAGGGAAAACAAAAAUCUUACUGGAACUGCUAGAUAUGCCAGCAUCAAUACUCAUCUAGGGAUUGAACAAAGUAGAAGAGAUGAUCUUGAAUCUCUAGGUUAUGUGCUAAUGUACUUCAAUAGAGGCAGCUUACCCUGGCAGGGAUUGAGAGCAGCUAAUAAGAGGCAAAAGUAUGAACGAAUUAGUGAGAAAAAAAUGUCCACUCCAAUUGAAGAACUAUGUAGAAAUUUUGCCCCUGAAUUUGCUACAUAUUUAAAUUACUGUCGAGCUCUACGUUUUGAUGAGAAACCAGAUUAUUCAUACCUUAGGCAACUAUUAAGAAAUUUGUUCCACCGGCAAAAAUUUACUUAUGAUUAUGUCUUUGACUGGAAUAUGCUUAAAUUUGGUGGAAAUCGUAAUCAACAAGAAAUGCAAGAGGACCGGGAUCGCAGAGACAGGCAUCAUCAACAUACGAGCACUACCUCCCGUGGGGCUCUUCCUGCACCAACUACUGCUAGCAGCAGCCGCCUAAGAGGUGCUCCAGACUCUGCCAGCCCUGCCACAGGAAGAUCUUUGCCUCAUCAUUUAACACCUUCCACAAACAUGACGCAGGCUAUAUCUUCCACGGGAGGACCAGCUCCUGCAGCAUCCGCUGCUUUGGUGGCAGCCUCCCAUGCUGCAGCUCCUCUGCCGUCCGCCCUGCCAUGCAUGCGAUCACGGACUCGAUCUACUCCUCGUGCUGGCAUUGCCGGUCAUGAGCCCAAUUCUCAGAGAUGACCUACACUUUUGGAAACAGCAGAUUGAUAAAGAAAAAAAAAAGAGUAAAUUUAUUAUAACAGUUGUUGAAGAGGGGUCCAGUUCAAAAGUGUGAAGCCUGUAAAGUUUAUACUGAGCUAAGCUGAAAAGUAAAUCAUCAAGAAUUGUGUGUACGCUUGCUGUGGUGCCACUUGAAAUGAUUUUUAAAACAGCUUCCUUUGUAACAACUUCACUUUCCUUUUCAUUCAAAUAUAUUUUGACCGAUGUUGUACAGUUCAUUAUCUGAUUUUUUGAGUCAUAUGGUGUUUUUAAUGCCAGAUUUGUAAAAUUGUUGAACAUUUUCAUAGGAUUUAAGUAUGUCUCCAAAGUCAUUGUCCUUAAAGAAAUCUGUUCAUAUGAUAUCAAAACGUUGCUCACUUAUUACCUUUAAUCAUUUUAUAUUUUAUCCUUUGUCCUAACAAAACGUUUAUGAAGAUAUACUGACACAGUCUGUUAUGUACAUUUUCUUUGGUUCCUGUUUUGUAAAAGAAGUAAGUGUUAUAUAAAUAAAUAUAAAUAUAUAUAUAUAAAUGCUCAUUUUCCUUAUUUAUUCGAUAAACCAUUUGAUAUAUUUGUAUAAAACUGUAUAAAAUGACUAAAUGUUUGCAAGUUUGGUGUAUACUUUAGAAUAAUUUUUUUUGUAUAAAAUUAAGUUAUACUUGAAACAUAGGUUAAUUUUACUUGUUUUUUUUCUGUCCAACUGUCUGGCUGGAAAGCAAAUAGUGCAAAGUAUUUUUGUAUGUUUUUGCAGAAUAUUUUAUGAUAAAAAAAAUUCUAAAAUGUGCACUUAAAUGUAUAUAUGACUUUGUGAGUUUCUUGUUAGAUGACUUAUAUGGAAAAUUUCUUCCAGCUCUGUAUUUUUUAGUUUUUUGUUGUUGGACUAAAAUAAAAAGUCUACAGCUGUCGUACUUCAUAAAUUUCCUCUGUGUUCAUAAUUUUAGAAUUUCUUUUUAAAAAAUGAGCAUUUUUUUUAAAAUUUCAUGUACUUAUUUUGUUUUUAAAUUUCUUUUUCUGAUUUUUUUUUUUUUUUUUUUUUAAAUUUUGAAUUCAGUUAAACCUGUCUACUAAACAUUUUCAGUAGUUCAUUUAAAUUAUAUUAAUUUUAUAAUUUUAAAUUAAUUCCAAGAUAUCUUCCAUGAGCAGGUUAUCAAAUUAAUUUCACUUAUCAAAAAAUUAUUUUGGUUGUUGGUGUUUUCAUUUUUUUGAAAGGGGGCAUCAUUGUUUUUAUUUUUGUUUCUUUGAAUAAUUAGCCAAAUUUCCGAAGGUAUCCAAAGUGUUAGUAACUGAUGAAGUUGAAGUUUUGUAUAUAAAUAGGGCUUCAAAGUUAGAAAAUAAUUUUAUGUAUUUCACUUAAUUUUAUUAAAAAAUAAAUUUUUUGAAAGAUGAACUGGUAAAUAUAUACUGAAGUAUGAAACAAGUGAUGAAAUAUGUUUAGUUAGAAUUUAAAGACAUUUACUGUAUAUCCUGAUUUAUAAAUCUACUUUUCAAUCUCAAAAAAUUAUACAAAAUCAGGGAGUUUAUUUAUAUACAUGUAAUAAAAUCAUGAAAAAUUUGUGCGUUAUAAACAAUGAGAUGUAAUAAUUUAUAAAUAUAUAAAUCAUUAUGUAUAAAUUUACCCCUUUCAAAAACUAUUUUUAAUGUGUUAUAUACAAUUAAUUUUACAUUUUCUAUCUUAUUUUCUUUAUGUGUAAAGAUUUUUUUAAAAACAACCCUUAAAUGUUCAGAAAAACUUAAGGAUAAAAGUUAGAUAAUUCAAGAUUAAUUAAAAAAAAAAAGUCAUUAUGAAAACUUUUAAACAUGCGGUAAAGCUACAAAUUUAAAGAUUCCAGAACAUCAUCUUAACCCUAGUAGUGUCGUCAUACGAAUCCCACCUUGCUAUGGAUUCUUUUUCAUCCUCAUUUGUAGAGUCCCAUUAAAAUCUUCCAUCCACAUUUGGAAUUCCAUACUCUAAAAGAUUUUACAAUAAUAUAUAUGAUUAUGAAAUUUGCCUCACAACAUUGAAUAAUGAGUCUUUAUUUCAGAGGGCGCCUCAUGUUCUUUAUUUGAGAGCAAUUGUCGUAUAUCCGAAUAAAAUAAUGUGAAAUAGUUUUAGCUUGAGAAAAUUUUGUAAACUGAAUAAUUUUUUUAAUUUUCGAAAUUUUUAUAUAUAUAUAUUUUUUUUUCAGCAAUAGACUUAUACACCCAACAUACCAGAAAUUUGCUCUUAAUCGUAAGUAGGGGGUCGAAUUGUACACUGGAAUACGUAGUAAAUGUGUGCAAUGAAUGGUAAAAAUCAGUUAUGAUUGAUUAUCACUUUCAUACUGAUUUAAAAAUAGUUUAUUAAGUAAAUAAAACAUUAAAUAUUUAUAAGACUUAACUUUGUUUUCUUUAUAUUUUACUAUAAAUGAAUCAAUUACAAGCCAAAAUUUGGAAUAGUUAUAAAAUGUCUGUUAUCUAGAGGAAAAAAAAGUGUAUUUGCUCUAAAGUAUUACAUGCAAUUUAUGUAUAUACAUUUUAAUAAGUCUUCUAGAGAUACUUUUUUUUAAAAUUUAUUUUAAAGUUCACCAAAAUUUAAGAAAAUUUGUUUUUUGCAUAGUCUUAUGAAACUGACUUAAUUGAAACUCAAGAUGAAGCCUACUUUUUCCAGUCCUAGCCCAGCCAUAUUUAGAACUUUGUGACAUAUUUGAGGUAAAAAUCGCAGUUUAAAAUUACUUGACUACUUUAACUUUGCUGUGUCCAAAGCCUUAGCUAAAUAUAAAAAAUUUGGCUCAAUUAUUUUGCUAAUACUUUAGAUACCUUCAUUGUUAGUUUUGUGUUUGUUUUCUAAUAUGUUUUAAAAAAUAUAGCAUUGUUUUGCAGUAUACAUAUAUAGUGUGUAAACAUUUUCUCCAUUCUUUUAUUAUUAAUUUUUAGAAUUAAUUAAAGUUCUCCAACUACCUUUUACUUUAAUUUAUGUUAAACAAGAAAUUUUGAUUUUAAAAUGCGGUGUUUGCCAUAUUGUAUUGUAUAUCUUUCAUUUAAAAGGUAAUUUAUAACUGAAAAAUGUGUGACUUGACAGAAACAGUUGAAUACCAUUAAUUUUACUCCACUUUAUUAAAUAUGAUAUACUAUUGCUGCUUAAAAAGUUAAAUAUUUAUGAAAUGAAUCAAAAGUUUAAUAAAAUAAUGAGUUAUUUAGUGAAUAUAAACAAUCUAGUCUUUUUUAAGUUAAAGAGAAAAAAAAAAAGAAAUAUGAUUCCAGACUUACAUUUUUAUUCAAUAGUGCAACAUAACUUGUGAGCUGGUAUUAUCUACCCUGUGUUAUACAUAUCGUUGAAGUAAAAUGACUUGUGUGAUUUUACUUGUCUUUAUCAAACUAUGUGAACUGAUGUAAUGAAAUUACAAAUACCUACUUUAAAAAAAAAGUCUUGUCUAUCCAAAACAUUUAGUGACUACAUAUGUGCCUAGUUUUGAUAACUAUUUGACCUCAAUAUUUUUUUUUAUUUGUACAUGCACUAAAUAACUAAAAUUUUAUCAUUGACUAUUUUUCACACUUUGCAAUGCUAUCCUGUGCUGUGUGUUACAAAACUGUUUAUGUACUUCUAUGUGCGGAACAUAGAGUAAAUUUUUGAAACAUUGUUAGAGUGGUUUAUAUAAAAACAAACAAAUCAGUUGAACGCUGUAUAAUAAUGCUGCCUCAUGCCGAGAUUUGUAUGGUAUAACAAACUAAAAAAAAAGAAAACGUUUUUACAUUUAUUAACAAAUUUUUACUUUUAUUUUUUAAGUGAUGUGAUGUAAGUUCUGUAAGUAUAUUAGGAGUUUGAAUAAAUUGUAAAGAAUUACUUAUAA